AUGACCCACACGGGAAGAGACAUAGACCAUACAACACACCACACACCAAGAGGGGAUGUAAUCGAAACAAGCGAUCCAUUCGUCUGGAUCUUUGCUUCGGGAAAUCUUACCAAAGAUCAACUCCGCGCAUCACAAGUAACUCUCGUCACCAACCGGCUCCCAACAUCAGAAAGAGAUAAAUGGGUAGCGGGUCUCGAGGGCACAAUCUUCGAAAACGGGGUCUACAAACUUCGCUGGGUAAUCCGGAUCGAUUACGACGACUGGAUUGGAAGCCACUACAAUUUUGAUUUAGAGCGGCCGGGAGUCGAAAAAUUGUCUUUUCAUAUUAGAGACGAGUACCACCCUGGCGCGGAUGGCUUUUUGCGUGAAAGACAAGAGAUUAACUAUUUUGUCGGGGGGUGGGAUUCAAGUCUAGCACAGCCGAUUGAGAAUGAUCCGGUCGGGGAAAUGGACAGGCUGAGCACGAUUCAGAGAUAUGCGGAGAGGUUGCAGACAUUGUGGUUGAGUAAUUUGAUGGAUCAGCACUUGAAGUGA